AUCUAUGGGCCCUACUUAAACUUGACAACCUCGUACACAAAGUCAAAACUGCUUAACUUUAACUUCUUUCUUCUCGUUUUUGCCGCCGCUGUAAAAUAAAAAAAACAAAAAAAAAACUGCAUUAAUAAUGGAAGAAGGCGGAAAAUUAGGAGGAGAAAAGAACAAUACCCUCAGUGUGAAAGAUGUGUUUCAAGAUUUCAAGGGCCGUCGUGCUGCUCUUAUUAAGGCUCUCACCACUGAAGUGGAAGAAUUUUUUAAGCAGUGUGAUCCUGAAAAGGAGAACUUGUGCUUGUUUGGACUCCCAAACGAGCAAUGGGAGGUCAAUCUGCCUGCUGAAGAAGUACCACCAGAGCUUCCAGAGCCUGUUCUUGGUAUUAACUUUGCUAGAGAUGGGAUGCAAGAAAAGGAAUGGCUGUCCUUAGUUGCCGUCCACAGUGACGCUUGGUUACUUUCUGUUGCCUUCUUUUAUGCUGCUAGAUUUAGAUUUGAUAAGUCUGACAGGAAGAGGCUCUUCAACAUGAUAAAUGAUCUGCCUACUGUAUAUGAAGUAGUGACUGGUUCUACAAAGAAGCAACAAAAAGAAAAACCUACAGUCUCUAACCAUAGAAGCAACAAAUCCAAGCCAAACUCCAAAAAGAAGGCAGCAGAGUCUCAAGGAAAGCUCCCAAAGUUGCUGCAAAAAUAUGAAGAGGAAGAAGAGGGAUUGGAUGAGAAGGACGAUGAAGAGGAGGAAGGUGAGACACUAUGCGGCGCAUGUGGGGAGAGAUAUGCAGAAGAUGAAUUUUGGAUAUGUUGCGACAUUUGUGAAAUGUGGUUCCAUGGCAAGUGUGUGAAGAUCACCCCCGCCAGGGCAGAGUUCAUCAAGCAAUACAAAUGUCCGCCUUGCAGCAACAAGAGAGCGCGGACCUAGUGUUUAGAAUGUGGUGAAUGUAGAGUUCUCCUGUUGUUAGAUGCAUCUGACUGUUUAUGUUGGUUAGGCUAUUCAUUAUAUUUGGCUCUAAGUUGUGGGUCUCUAAUUGGAUAGGCUUCAUCUCUAUGUAUAGUUGGCUCUAACUUAGGGUCCUUAUAUGUUGGUUUAGCUUAAAUUAAUGGUAGUUCAGUUAAACUGUGGUCCAUAUUUUACAAUGUUUUUAAUUUCUUCCAGUUGUAGCAGGAUGACAGACUCGCUAUUGUGAUC